AGAAUCUCGCAAGCAGAGCAAGAAGGUGACCAAGAGGGUCCCCAAAGGCACAUCUGCCUAUCAGGCUGCCUGGAUCCUGGACAAGGCCGAAUGGAGAAGUGGCAGCGAGGAGGAGGAGGAGGAAGAGGAAGAGGUUCUGGAAGAAGCCAUGUCCCAGGAUGGGAGCAGCAGUGAGGAGGAAGUUGCUUCUGAAGAGGAGGAGGAGGAGGAGGACUCCGAGACCAUGACGCUGCCUGAGACCGAGCAGGCCGAGGAGAAAAUGGAGGAGGAAGAAGCCAUGCUGGAGAAAUACCGACAGGAGCGACAGGAAGAAAUGUUUCCGGACGAGGUGGACACCCCCCGGGAUCUGCCAGCUCGGGUCCGGUUCCAAAAGUUCAGGGGGCUGAAGAGCUUCCGAACAUCCCCCUGGGACCCCAAGGAGAACCUCCCCAGGGACUACGCCCGGAUCUUCCAGUUCCAGGACUUCUCCCGGACCAAGAAGCACGUCUUCCGGCAACUGGAAAAGGAGGAAACAGACGGAGCUCAG